CUAGGGCAGGGAGCGCCGCGCCGCUCCGCUGCGGGGGAGGCCAUGGCGGAACCUUCCCAGGCCUCGACCCCGGCCCCGGCCGCGCAGCCCCGGCCCCUUCAGUCCCCAGCCCCCGCCCCAACCCCGACUCCUACUCCCAGCCCGGCUUCGGCGCCGACUCCGGCUCCCACUCCGGCACCUGCCCCCGCUCCAGCUGCAGCCCCAGCCGGGAGCGCUGGGACGGGGGGGCCCGGGGUAGGAAGUGGGGGUACCGGGAGCGGGGGGGAUCCGGCUCGACCUGGCCUGAGCCAGCAGCAGCGCGCCAGCCAGAGGAAGGCGCAAGUCCGGGGACUGCCGCGCGCCAAGAAGCUUGAGAAGCUAGGGGUCUUCUCGGCUUGCAAGGCCAAUGAAACCUGCAAGUGUAAUGGCUGGAAAAACCCCAAGCCCCCCACUGCACCCCGCAUGGACCUGCAGCAGCCAGCUGCCAACCUGAGUGAGCUGUGCCGCAGCUGUGAGCACCCCUUGGCGGACCAUGUGUCCCACCUGGAGAAUGUGUCAGAGGAGGAGAUUAACCGGCUGCUGGGGAUGGUGGUGGAUGUGGAGAAUCUGUUCAUGUCUGUUCACAAGGAGGAAGACACGGACACUAAGCAGGUCUAUUUCUACCUCUUCAAGCUCCUUCGGAAAUGCAUCCUGCAGAUGACCCGGCCCGUGGUGGAGGGGUCUCUGGGCAGCCCCCCAUUUGAGAAGCCUAAUAUUGAGCAGGGUGUGCUGAACUUUGUGCAGUACAAGUUCAGUCAUCUGGCUCCCCGGGAGCGGCAGACCAUGUUCGAGCUCUCGAAGAUGUUCUUGCUCUGCCUUAACUACUGGAAGCUUGAGACACCUGCCCAGUUUCGGCAGCGGUCUCAGGCUGAGGACGUGGCCACCUACAAGGUCAAUUACACCAGAUGGCUCUGUUACUGCCACGUGCCCCAGAGCUGCGACAGCCUCCCCCGCUACGAGACCACUCAUGUCUUCGGGCGAAGCCUGCUUCGCUCCAUCUUCACCGUCACCCGGCGGCAGCUGCUAGAGAAGUUCCGGGUGGAGAAGGACAAGCUGGUGCCCGAGAAAAGGACCCUCAUCCUCACCCACUUCCCCAAAUUCCUGUCCAUGCUGGAGGAGGAGAUCUACGGGGCAAACUCUCCGAUCUGGGAGUCAGGCUUCACCAUGCCACCCUCAGAGGGGACCCAGCUGGUGCCCCGGCCAGCUACAGUCAGUGCAGCAGUUGUUCCCAGCACCCCCAUCUUCAGCCCCACCAUGGGUGGGGGCAGCAAUAGCUCCUUGAGUCUGGAUUCUGGAGGUGCUGAGCCCAUGCCAGCAGGUGAGAAGAGGAAGCUCCCAGAGAACCUGACCCUGGAGGAUGCCAAGCGGCUCCGUGUGAUGGGCGACAUCCCCAUGGAGCUGGUCAACGAGGUCAUGCUCACCAUCACUGACCCUGCUGCCAUGCUGGGGCCCGAGACGAGCCUACUGUCGGCCAAUGCAGCCCGGGACGAGACAGCCCGCCUGGAGGAGCGCCGCGGCAUCAUCGAAUUCCAUGUCAUCGGCAACUCGCUGACGCCCAAGGCCAACCGGCGGGUGCUGCUCUGGCUCGUGGGGCUGCAGAAUGUCUUCUCCCAUCAGCUGCCACGCAUGCCCAAGGAAUACAUCGCCCGCCUCGUCUUUGACCCGAAGCACAAGACUCUGGCCUUGAUCAAGGACGGGCGCGUCAUUGGUGGGAUCUGCUUCCGCAUGUUUCCCACCCAGGGCUUCACGGAGAUUGUCUUCUGUGCUGUCACCUCAAAUGAGCAGGUCAAGGGCUAUGGGACUCACCUGAUGAACCACCUGAAGGAGUAUCACAUCAAACACAACAUCCUCUACUUCCUCACGUAUGCUGACGAGUAUGCCAUCGGCUACUUCAAAAAGCAGGGCUUCUCCAAGGAUAUCAAGGUGCCCAAGAGCCGCUACCUGGGUUACAUCAAGGACUACGAGGGGGCGACCCUGAUGGAGUGUGAGCUGAACCCCCGCAUCCCCUACACGGAGCUCUCCCACAUCAUCAAGAAGCAGAAGGAGAUCAUCAAGAAGCUGAUUGAGCGCAAACAGGCCCAGAUCCGAAAGGUCUACCCCGGGCUCAGCUGCUUCAAGGAAGGUGUGCGGCAGAUUCCCGUGGAGAGUGUCCCUGGCAUUCGAGAGACGGGCUGGAAACCACUGGGGAAGGAGAAGGGGAAGGAGCUGAAGGACCCUGACCAGCUCUACACAACCCUCAAAAACCUGCUGGCCCAGAUCAAGUCGCACCCCAGUGCCUGGCCCUUCAUGGAGCCGGUGAAGAAGUCGGAGGCCCCUGACUACUACGAGGUCAUCCGCUUCCCCAUCGACCUGAAGACCAUGACGGAGCGGCUGCGCAGCCGCUACUACGUGACCCGGAAGCUCUUUGUGGCCGACCUGCAGCGGGUCAUCGCCAACUGCCGCGAGUACAACCCGCCCGACAGCGAGUACUGCCGCUGCGCCAGCGCCCUGGAGAAGUUCUUCUACUUCAAGCUCAAGGAGGGCGGGCUCAUUGACAAGUAGUCCCAGCCUUGGCCCACAGCCUCACCGUGAAUGUCGCCACCUCAGGACUGAUCUGAUCGCUAGGGAGGCCUGGCGCCCGGGUCCCUCUCAGCUUGAGACACUCCAGCCCCUGAUCCUGCAGUCCUUUCUGGGCCCUUGGGCACCCCAAGCCUGCAGCCCUGUCCCACCCGUCGUUGUGUUGGACGUUGGGAGGGGUCUCCUGGGUGUGGGCUCGGUGCCGCUACAGUGGCUGGAGGCCAGAGCAUACACCUGCCCAGCUUUGGUGGCUCUCAGCCCUGGUCCCCACAGAGCUGUGGUGUCUUACUAGAGUCCUGGGCCUGGCCCAGGCCACUGUCUCCUCAAAGGCAGGACUGACAAUUUUAGCUUGAACGAGGGCUCCAGGGUUUGGAAAUCCAACCCGGACUGGAGGGGCCAUGCCUUGCCCUGCACUGUUGUGUUCUGUCUGUCCCCAGGGGUGGGGGACAUGGGGACCAUUUGUUUCCUGGCAUUAAUCCCUUGGAGGGAUCAAUAAAGCUCUUUUUGUUUUUGUC